UAAAAAGCAAUGUUUGAAUAAAAAUUUAAAGAUUUGCGAACGAAGAUGAAGACAAAAAAGGUAAAGAAGAUAAGUCUCUCAUUGAAAUAAUAACUCAUAGAAAGUGUUAUGACUGAUCACUUAUCUAUUCAUUAAGUAAUAUAAUUUUUAUUAUUUAAGGCCUCGAAACUUCACUCCAUCAACUAUUCAUCAGCCAAAUAUAUUAUAAACUUAUAUAAAAAAGUAGGUACUGUAGCUCCUCAGUAGUCGAAGCAUAGAAGAAAACCUAAGGUUUAUAUCAUCAACACAUCAGUUUUAGUCGACUACAAUUCUGGGGAGAUUUUACUAUAUAAAUAAAAUUAAUUAAAAAAAUAGAGUCACUAGGAGAACUAAUAGUUAUCUAUGCAGAAAGGGCUGAUCAUGGCUUCAAAAUCAAUAUUUAAGUCACUUUAAAUAAAAGAAAAAAAUAUUUCUUAAUCAAAAUCUGAUGAGAAAAAAUUUCCAACAUUUACCAACAUAUUAGAACUAUAAAGCUUCAUCUAAAUUCAACAUAGACUCAUGGUAUCAUGAUUAAGUAAUAUAUAUUUUUAAUAAUAUUGAUCAGAUGAAAUUUUAAUAAUCUAACGAAUUCAACAAUAUUAUAGCUCAUUUGUUCGAUUCUAUAUCAGAUUAAUAACUGACUCCG